AUGGGACAAGACUAUUCGUACAGCCAGCCGUCUUCGUCAGAUGAGUUCGACAUGACGUACCUUCUUGAAGCAGAGGCUGCUCUUUACGCGGAUGAAGGACAGAGUAGUUUCUCUGUUGGCGAGCCGGUUCGCAACCCACCUGAGGCUGAUGAUGGCAUCCCAACGAGAUGUUACUGUGGCAGUGAGGCUGCUAUUGCAACAUCUUACACGCGAAAAGAUCCAGGGAGGUUGUACUACACGUGCGAGAAUAGAGAUGAUGGGGGCUGCCACAUAUGGAAAUGGUGGGAUGUGGCAGUCACAGAGGAGGUGUUUGAGGUCCAGAGAGAACUCAGGCUGCUUAAGGAGCAAGGUUUCGAGUGUGAUCAGAAGCUGCUUAAGCUACAGAAGACCGUCUGUGAGCUCAAGAAGAACAAAGAGUCUACAAAUGGCUAUGCAUUGGAAGUUUGUGUAAUGGUCUCCGUAUUGGUUUUUCUAGGUUUGGCGCUUAUGUUUGUCAAUGUGGACCUUGAAUCACCCGAACCUUAUUGGUUCGGUACCCAAGGUCCUGAUGAGUCAGUUCUCGAGUCUCCUCUCAACUCUGCUGUCGACACUAGUGCUAAAGAGGGGAGGAAAUGGUCCCCGAGGGAGGAAAAAAUCCUUAUUGGUGCUUGGCUUAACACCAGUAAGGAUGCGCUGGUGAGCAAUGACCAGAAAGCUGGUCGCUUCUGGAAGAGGAUUGUCGACUACUGCAACAACUGCCCGCAACUGGUGGGAACAACACCUAGAGAGCUGAAUCAAUGCAAGCAGAGGUGGGAACAACACCUAGAGAGCUGA